CUGUUACCUCUCUCUCUCUGAGAUUCUCCUCCUUUUUAUAUUCCUCUUAAUAAGCUUCCAAUAUCAGGAUCUAACCGUUUCUGGUUGUUCCAAAACCUCCAUAGUUUUAGCUUAUAUUUGUCAAUGUUGCGUAUGUUUGUAUCCGCAUAUGUAGGACGAUGAUGUGUUGUGAACAGAAAGCAUAGCAGAGAGAGAGAGAGAGUAACAUGGGGUGUGCUACAUCUGCUUAUGCUGUUGUGGGAAGGAAGAACAACAAGAGGAUCAUUGAAGAAUCCGUAGUGUUUGUUCUGCAGCUCCGCGUUCCUGUUCAGACUGAUCUUCAUCGCCAGCUCAAAGGCGUUGCUCCCAAGACAACCAUCGAUCGAUUGACAUGUCUAAGGAAUCAGAUUCAGUUAGUAGCUGAGGACACAGGCGGUUCUGCCAUCUCUGAGCUGCGUACAGCUUUGGAGGAGUACUUGUCUCUUCUGACCGGUCUUAUCAAGAAAAAGGAUGAUGGAAUGGAGGGACGCGUGGAGUUCAAAUGGAGAACCCUUGGAGAUAGUCGACGAGCAGAGAUAUGUUUCACAAACCUCUGGAUGGAGAUGUUGACAGUGAUCCACAUGAUGGCUGCUUUGGCAUUGACUGAAGCUAACUCCCUCAUGAUUCCAAAGGAUUGCUCUGAUUCUGGCGAUGGUGUCCGCGUGGUCUCCACUGAUUGCAGGAGAGAUGCGGUUGACUUGCUGCUCAAGGCGUCUGGAUACUUGGAGUUCUGCAUCCGAGAGAUUCUGACUCGUUUUCCUCCUGAGAUAAAAAAUAAAUUGCCAGAUGAUAUGAAGGAUAGUGUGAUACAAACUCUCUCUAUCCAAGCACUUGGCCAGGGAACUGAGAUUCAACUUGGAUUGGCAGUUGAUAGCCAGAAAGCAACGCUGUCUGUGAAGAGGAGACUUGCCUGUGAGCAAGUGAUAUAUUUCUCUCAGGCAUAUCACUGCUUGUCUGGUUGUGAAGAAGUCAGCCAUGGAUGCGCCAAAAAGCUUCUCCGGUUCAUCUACUGGAAGUUUUUGGAAGCAAAGGCUGCGGCAUACUACUACCAUGGACUGGUAACAGACAAGGGAAGUGAGCCGGCUUGCCACGUAAUGGCGGUGUGUUGUUUCCUUGCAGCUGCAGAGAUCCUAGGAGAAAGCAAGAAGGCUUGUUUUAGCUUCUGUUUGGCUCAUCCUGUCACCAGGGCUCCUCCUAUGUGGGGUGUUAUGAAGCAUUUGAGCCAGAAGAUUCCAGAAGUUGCUUUUAGGAAAUCUCAAACGUAUGGAUACUUGCUUGAAGAAGAAGAGAAGGCAAUGCAGUGUUUGCCAGACCUCCCAGACUUUCAAUUGUCACUGAGACCAGACGAGUUUGAACUGCCUGAAGCCGACUCCUCUGCAGGAAACCAAACCCAUUUGCUUAGUGAACAUCUUGACAACUCUGAUGAGAAUCAUGAUGAUGAUUGAUGAUGAACUUGAUCAUCGACAUCGUUAAGCAGCAGUUGUCUUACACAUUUUCUUUGGGUAUUUUUACC